GAGCUGGAGAGGUAGUUACCAAGCAAGAAGCAGAAUCGCGCUUCAUGUUCAUGCUGGACUGUGCUGGUGAUUGGAGAAUCUGAAAAUGUGGGGUUACAUUACUAAUCAUGUUGUCCAUGGUCUUGUGCGAGAACUUGAUUUUUGUUAACACCAACCGCAAGAACGCCUUUUUCUCCCACAAAAUUGAUUCGCACUCGAGACUAGCAGCAGCUCAAGUUGAAGCUCAAGCUCAAGUUCAAGUUCAAGGUAGGAGGUGCAGUGGGCUCGUUGCCAAUGCCGGAAAAAGAAACCGGAAAUGGUGGCAGAGCUUCUUCUUCGACGAGGAUGGCAACUGGCUUGGUUUGAAGGACGAUGACAUGCUGGCGGCGGAGGAGGAGGAAGAGAGCUUGGAUGGCUCGGAAGCUGAGAAAUUUGAGGCGUGGAAGACAAGAGCGGAGGCAAUCGUGGAUUUGAGGGAAGCACAGCAAGAUAUAAGCAACGAGGAGAAUCGCAAGUGGGAGGACUGGCUCGCCGUGGAUUCAUCCUCCUCGUGGGAAUUCGUGCAGUCUGAUGAUACUCCUCCUACCCAAACUGAAGCCGAAAAAGGAAUGCUUUACUCUCUCACCGAUUCCCUUCUCGGAAGGGAAGACGAUGACCUGCUCUAUGAAGACCGUGUCUUCCGUUACGCCUCCCUCAAUUCGGCUAAAUUUUUGGCGCUGUUAAUCAUUAUACCCUGCGCCUUGGAUUUUGUGGUUCACGACUAUGUUUUGAUGCCUUUUCUCGACAGAUAUGUGAAGACCGUGCCACUUGCAGCAGAGAUGCUGGACGUCAGAAGAAAUCAAAAGCUUCAAAUGGUUGAUGAAUUAAAAAUUGAGAGAGCAAGAUUUCAGCUUGAGAUGGAAAUCGGUAAAUCUCCUCCCCUCUCUGAUGAGGAGGUCUGGUGGGAGUUGCGGCAUAAAGCAUUAGAGCUGAGAGAUGAAUGGAGAUUUGAAAAUAGAAGAGCAUUUGCCAACAUAUGGUCAGAUAUGUUAUUUGGGAUCUCAUUGUUCAUUCUUUUAUACUGCAACCAGAGUAAAGUAGCUUUGCUGAAAUUUACAGGCUAUAAGAUAAUAAAUAAUAUUUCAGAUACUGGGAAGGCAUUUCUAAUUAUACUCAUCACAGAUAUUUUUUUAGGGUAUCAUUCUGAGUCUGGUUGGCAGACUUUGUUAGAAAUUUUUGUUGAGCAUUAUGGGCUUCAGAUUGAUCAAUCAGCCAUAACCAUUUUUAUCUGCUUGAUUCCAGUUAUCAUUGACGCAUGCGUGAAACUUUGGCUGUUUAAGUUCCUUCCAAGAUUAUCCCCAAAGGUGGCAAACAUAUUCCGCGAGAUGCAGCGUCACUAGUAAAAUAUUUCUCAGGGUUUCUGAGAGAAUUCUCAGGAAGGUAGCAUGCCACUAGAAUUACUUCUUUUUCUAUAUUGUUCCUUUUACUGUAUAGAGGUUUAUCUGGUUUCGUAAAUGUAAUUGAUAAAUAUGGAUGUUGGUGAAUAUUCAGUGAGCUCACAGGACAUUGUAGUUUGUUGGGAUGGCAUUCAUUCCCAUAAGUUAUUGUAAAAGCUGAAAGAACUUCGUAC